AGUAGACGCCAUUUUGUUUGCAGGAAAGGGUGCCGACCACCACCCUCCUCCUCCUCCUCCUCCCACUCCGGCGACAAAACCAGAGCAAGGUAAAGUGCGUACUCUCUUGAUCUGUAAUCCAUUGAUCUAUACGGCCUGAUAUUGGUAUGGUAGGGCUUUAAGCUUGAUAAUGUGAAACCCUAGCUAGGGUUAGAGGUAGGGUUUUGCCGGGAAAUAGGUUCCGAAUCCUUGCUCGACUUCAAUGGGGAACUGCUGUAGAUCUCCAGCUGCCGUGGCUAGAGAAGAUGUGAAGUCGGCUAACUUCUCCGGCGGCCACGAUCACGGCAAGAGGGACAAGUCCGGCACUGGAGGCAAGCAUAAGCCGAUCACUGUUCUGGCUGACGUGAAGAAGGAGAACAUUGAGGAGAGGUAUCUGGUUGAUAGGGAGCUGGGGAGGGGUGAGUUUGGCGUGACUUACCUGUGCAUUGAUCGUGGCUCCAGGGAGCUUUUGGCUUGCAAAUCCAUUUCCAAACGGAAGCUUCGGACAGCUGUCGAUGUGGAUGAUGUGAGGCGAGAGGUGGCUAUAAUGAAGCACUUGCCGAAAAAUUCAAGCAUUGUAAGCUUGAGGGAGGCUUGCGAGGAUGAUAAUGCAGUCCAUUUGGUGAUGGAGCUUUGUGAAGGAGGUGAGCUUUUCGAUAGGAUUGUGGCACGUGGCCACUACACAGAACGUGCUGCUGCUGCUGUUACUCGGACGAUUAUGGAGGUUGUACAACUCUGCCACAAACAUGGAGUCAUCCACAGGGAUUUGAAGCCUGAAAACUUUUUGUUUGCCAAUAAGAAGGAAAAUUCACCUCUGAAGGCUAUUGAUUUUGGUCUGUCCAUCUUCUUUAAGCCAGGUGAAAGAUUUUCUGAAAUUGUUGGCAGCCCUUAUUAUAUGGCCCCUGAAGUGCUGAAGCGAAAUUAUGGACCUGAAAUAGAUAUAUGGAGUGCAGGAGUGAUUCUAUAUAUACUAUUAUGUGGGGUUCCUCCUUUUUGGGCUGAAUCUGAACAAGGUGUUGCGCAGGCUAUUUUACGUGGGGCGAUAGAUUUCAAACGUGAACCCUGGCCAAGUAUCUCAGAGAGUGCCAAGAGUCUCGUGAAGCAAAUGUUGGAGCCAGACCCUAAGCUUCGACUGACUGCAAAACAAGUACUUGAACAUUCUUGGCUCCAGAAUGCUAAGAAGGCUCCAAAUGUUCCUCUGGGAGAUGUUGUGAAGUCUAGGUUGAAGCAGUUUUCCUUGAUGAAUAGGUUCAAAAGGAAGGCUUUGAGGGUUAUUGCUGAUUUCUUAUCCAACGAAGAAGUUGAAGACCUAAAAGAAAUGUUUGGAAAGAUAGAUACUGAUAAUGAUGGUAUUGUUUCAAUUGAAGAAUUGAAAGUUGGACUUCAGAAGCUCAAUUCUCAGCUGGCAGAAUCUGAAAUACAGAUGCUUAUUGAAGCUAUCGAUUCAAAUGGAAAAGGGACCUUAGAUUAUGGAGAAUUCAUAGCGGUCUCACUCCAUUUACAAAGAAUGGCUAAUGAUGAACAUUUGCGCAAGGCCUUCUCUUACUUUGAUAAGAAUGGGAACGGUUACAUUGAGCCGGAUGAGCUUCAAGAUGCUCUUAUGGAGGAUGGAUCAGAAGACUGUACAAACGUCGCGAAUGAUAUCUUUCAGGAAGUCGACACGGACAAGGAUGGUCUUAUCAGCUAUGAAGAAUUUGCGGCAAUGAUGAAGACGGGAACAGAUUGGAGAAAGGCUUCUCGGCAUUACUCGAGAGGGAGAUUCAACAGUCUGAGUGUGAAGCUGAUGAAGGACGGGUCUCUAAACCUGGGGGAAUGAGCGAAGAAGCCAGCAGCAGAAGCGCACAAAACUACAAAAAGAGAUGACAAAACUUCCCACACUUACAUGUUAUAUAUAUAAAUGGGGUGUAUCAUAUCCAUAAUACUUAGAGAAAUCUCAUCAUUAUUUAUUGGCCACCGACGUUUAUAAACGAGGGAUUAUUGCUAGCUACCAUUUAGAAUUGUGGGUUUGCGAGCGAGCGAGCGAGGAUCGUGACUUGGUAAUCUUCUUUUUUUAGCCUCUUCAAAAUUAUUGUUAAUCGAGUAGAACCCAUAGUGUGUUCUUUUAGCUGUUCGACACACCUUCCUUCCUUGUAUGAAUGUGAUCCU